CCGGUUGGAUCAGUCUUCAAAGUAAAGGCGAUGGCAUUUUAUCCCCUGCAAAUUGCUGGACUGUUUCUUGGGUUUCUCGGCAUGGUCGGGACUCUUGCCACAACCCUUCUGCCUCAGUGGAGAGUAUCAGCUUUUGUUGGCAGCAACAUUAUUGUCUUUGAAAGGGUCUGGGAAGGGCUCUGGAUGAACUGUAUCCGACAAGCCAAGGUCACGCUGCAGUGCAAGUUCUAUAGUUCUUUGUUGGCUCUCCCACCUGCCCUAGAAGCAGCUCGGGCCCUCAUGUGUGUGGCUGUUGCUCUCUCCUUGAUUGCUCUGCUUAUUGGCAUCUGUGGCAUGAAGCAGAUCCAGUGCACGGGCUCUAAUGAGAGGGCCAAAGCAUACCUUCUGGGGACUUCUGGAGUUCUCUUCAUCCUGACGGGUAUCUUCGUUCUGAUUCCGGUGUGCUGGACAGCCAAUAUCAUCAUCAGAGAUUUCUACAACCCAGCCAUCCACAUAGGUCAGAAACGAGAGCUGGGAGCAGCACUUUUCCUCGGCUGGGUGAGCUCCGCUGUCCUCUUCAUAGGAGGGGGUCUGCUAUGUGCUUUCUGCUGUUGCAACAGGAAGAAGCAAAGGCACAGAUAUCCAGCCCCUGGAUACUGCGUCCCACACACAGAUAAGCGAAGGAACACGACAAUGCUGAAUAAGACCUCCACCAGUUAUGUCUAAUGCCUGCUUUGGG